AUGCGUUUUCCCGCGCGAAAACAGAGGGAGAUCCAUCGCCGGUAUAAAAGACGGCGGGAGAAAAGGGAGGGAAACAAGGAGGCGGAGGAGAGAGAGAGAGAGCAGGGUUGUGUGCGGCAUCGAUCCCCAAACCCUACAGUCGGCGAUUUCGGCCUCGAUCCGCUGCCGCCGGUUUCGUUUCCUGCUGGAUCCGUCAAUUCCGGUGAUCUCCGGCAGCUUUUGGUCGGGGCAGAGAGAAGUUACCAACUUUGCCUUGGAGGUUGCUGGCUCCUCGGCGCCGUCUUUGGUUGGAUCUACCCUUCGGCGAGUUUCGGAGCCAAGAAGGUUGGUCGGCUAGGGUUUCUGAGGAUAAAUUUUUAGUAGAUAGCAGAUAGGUGGUGGUUGGACAUGGAGGACGUGAAGCCGUCGAUUGCAUCGCUUGAGGGUGACGGAGGCGCCAUGGAAGCUCGUUUUAUUGAUGUGUGCAAGAGUAAGCUGACUCUUGACGAGGGCAUGCUUAGACAAGCUAUCUUUUUAUUCAAGGAAACCAAACACUUCCUCUUGGCAAAUAUGUCCGCUAUCGGAAGUGGAUCGCCUGAAGAGAUCGAGAGGUUUUGGUCUGCAAUUACUUUGUAUUGUGUGACAAAGCUAGGGAAGGGGAGACUUAAGCAAGACAAGGAAGAAAAUGGCAUCACGCUCUGUCAGAUACUGAGAAUAUUUAAGCUGAAUGUUGUGGAUUUCUUCAAAGAGAUGCCACAAUUUUGUCUGAAGGCAGGUUACAUAUUAAGUGGUUUAUAUGGUUCAGACUGGGAGAAGAGGCUUGAGGUGAAGGAGCUACAGGCGAACAUUGUUCACUUAUGUCUUCUUAGCAGGUACUAUAAACGAGCAUACCAAGAGUUAUUCAUGCAAACUGAUACAAGCAACGGUCAUGAUUCAACAAUUUCUACUUGUGAAAAGGGUUAUAUUUCUGACUACCAUCGAUUUGGAUGGCUAUUAUUUUUAGCUCUCCGCAUACAUGCAUUUGGACGCUUCAAGGAUCUUGUGACAUGUACUAAUGGACUAGUUUCCAUACUGGCUAUACUUAUUCUCCACGCGCCCAAACAUAUCAGGAAAUUUAGUAUUCAAGACUCACCAAUUUUUGCUAAACGGUCAGAUAAGGGAGUCAACCUUUUAGCUUCUCUAUGUGAGAAAUAUGAUGCCUCAGAGGACGAACUGCGGGGAGUAAUGGAAAUGGCAAAUAACUUGAUAGUGGGCAUAUUGAAGAAAAAACCACAAGAAGCUUCAAAUGCAAAGAAUGAAUGUCUGGCUUACAUCAACACAGAUGGCUUGACCUAUUUUGAUGACCUCUUGGAGGAAAAGUCAUUACAGUCAAGUAUACUUAUCUUAGAGAAAGAUUACGAAGAUGCAAUCCUUAAAGGUGAGCUAGAUGAGCGAAUGUUUGUUAAUGACAGCGACAGUCUAAUUGGCAGUGGAAGCUUAUCUGGAGGCAUUAUUAACAUGUGCGGAACAAAGAGAAAGUAUGAGUUAAUUGCUUCACCAGCAAAGUCUAUCACAAGUCCAUUGUCUCCACCAUGUUCUCCUGGUUCUCCUUUGAAGGGAAGUCUUAUAGGGAGUGCUAAGUUGGCUCCUGUUACUCCAGUGAGCUCCGCUAUGACUAUGGCAAAGUGGCUUCGAAACAUUAUAUCUCCUCUUCCUUCAAGGCCCUCGCCGGAGCUUCUUCGUUUUCUUUCAACUUGUGACAAGGAUAUAACCAGUGAAGUAACACAAAGAGCCAACAUUAUUCUUGGAGCUAUUUUUCUUUCCUCUGCUUUUGGAGAUAGGCAUAUUUCAGGUAGCAUGCAGAGUUCUGCUCGGAUGGAUAGUAUAUGGGCUGAGCAGAGAAAGUUGGAGGCGCUUAAGUUGUACUACAGGGUUUUGGAGGCAAUGUGUAGAGCAGAAUCACAUAUAUUAAAUGGAAGCAAUCUUACUUCAUUGUUAUCAAAUGAACGAUUUCAUCGCUGCAUGCUUGCUUGUUCAUCUGAACUAGUUUUGACUGCGCAUAAGACUGUUACCUUGAUGUUUCCUGCUGUUUUGGAGAAAACAGGCAUUACAGCCUUUGAUUUGAGCAAGGUCAUAGAGAGUUAUGUCAGGCAUGAGGAAAGCCUUCCGCGUGAGUUGAAAAGACAUUUAAAUUCUCUGGAAGAGAGGCUCUUAGAAAGCAUGGCAUGGGAAAAAGGUUCCUCGAUGUAUAAUUCUUUGAUAGUAGCCCGACCAGUUCUUUCUACAGAAAUAAAUCGUUUAGGAUUAUUAGCAGAACCAAUGCCAUCUCUCGAUACAAUCGCUGGGAAUUAUAAUGUUUCUUCUGGAGGCCUGACUCUACCUUUCCCAAAAUCUGAACAUUCCCCAGAACAAAAUGAAGACCCUAGAUCUCCAAAGAAAGCAUGCAAUGAAUACAGAAAUGUGUUAAUAGAACGAAACUUCCUAAAAUCACCUGUGAAGGAUCGUGGCUUCUGUAGUCCCAAAUCUAAACUACCUCUUCAAUCUGCUUUUGCAAGCCCAACACGACCAAAUCCAACUGGAGGAGGGGAAACUUGUGCAGAAACAGGGAUCAAUGUCUUCUUUAGUAAGAUUACAAAGCUGGCAGCUAUCAGAAUCAAAAGCUUGAGUGAAAGGCUUCAGUUGUCCCAGCAAAUUCUAGAGCGCAUCUAUUCUCUCAUUCAGCAGAUUCUUGUUCACCGAACUCUUCUUUUUUUUAAUCGGCAUAUUGAUCAAUUAAUUCUUUGUAGCUUCUAUGGGGUUGCCAAGAUUUCUCAACUCAGCCUAACCUUUAAGGAGAUCAUAUACAACUACAGAAAGCAAUCACAAUGUAAACCUCAAGUUUUUCGCAGUGUUUUUGUUCACUGGCCAUCGAACAGCCGAAAUGGAAAAACAGGGCAGGAGCAUGUUGAUAUCAUUACAUUUUACAAUGAGGUAUUUGUUCCUUCAGUGAAGCCUCUGUUGGUUGAACUAGGGCAUGCCGGUGUGAGUAAUACUAGCAACAAAACCAUUGAAGACAAAAUUAGUUCUGAUGGCCAAAUUCCAGGAUCGCCUAGGAUGUCCUCCUUUCCACAUCUUCCUGACAUGUCUCCAAAGAAAGUCUCCGCUGGUCAUAAUGUAUAUGUUUCGCCUCUGCGAUCAUCUAAGAUGGAUGCCUUGCUCUCUCCAAGCUCAAAGAGUUACUAUGCAUGUGUUGGCGAAAGCACCCACGCGUAUCAGAGCCCCUCGAAAGAUCUGUCAGCCAUCAACGACCGUCUAAACUGUGGAAGAAAGGUCAGUGGCAGACUAAAUUUCGAUGUGCUAAGCGACUUCGUUGUAGCUAGGAGUCUCCAGAACGGUGCUGCUGCUGCUGCUGCUCCAGGCACUGAUGAUGCUCUGACUUUAAAGUCAACUGUAAAAGCUGAGCAACCUGAUAGCUGAAGUGUUCACAGUGUGGUAGUCUAAUCAAUCUGAUCUAUGCUAACUUACCACUUAGAUGAAGUUCCUAACCUCUUUCACUGACUAGUUGUCAACAGGGGUCUGACACAAGCAAUUAGCUCAAAACUUGAUGCCGUAGAAUUCUAAAAAUCAAAUCUUGCUUCUUUCGCAGCCUCCAAGUUUCUGAAUGUGUUAUUUCCGAAUAUUUAUAGCGAAAAAGGCCAGAUCUAGUGUGAUUGGCAAUAAACGUUCAGGUUUCUAUGAUGUUUUUCUACCUGGUCAGUGAUUGAGGGAUGUAUAUUUGCUAGUUUCUUGAUUACCAGAAGAAAGUUUCUUUCCCUUUUGCCUAUUAA